UACCCCCUCCCCAAAGGUAGAAGUUAUGACAAGAUGGCGGAAAAGACCGCGGUACAAUUGAGUCCAACUGACAAGGACGCUUUGGAAGCGCUAUUGCAGGGCAUUCAAAGAGAUAUUAACUGCCUCGGUGAUGAUAACAGAGGAACAAGGAAAAGAGCCCUGGAAAAGAUAACAAAAGAACUGUUUUCAAAAACCAAAUUUUCAGCUACUGUGUUGCAAGUUACAUUUGAAGAAAUAUUAAAACCCAUUUUGAAGCUGUUCUCAGAUCCAACAGAAAAGUGUCGAGAGCUUUCUGUCCAGAUGGUUUCCCAAUUUGCAAAGAAAGUUUCAGACUUAUCCUCAUUUUUACCAUACAUCAUCCCAAGUAUGGUGCAAAGACUUGGCCAACCAGAGAUAGUAGAAACUUGCGAGGAGCUGAGAUUGUACAUAAUUGAACUGCUGUGUUCUGUGAUAGAGAUCUGUCAUGAAAAAAUUGGUGUAUACAUUGAUGACAUGAUAAAGAUUCUUCAGAGAACUCUGGUUGAUCCAUUUCAUGAUGUGAGGAAGGAAAGUUGCCGUUGUACCAAUGUCUUGGCUGUGGCUGUUCCUGACCAGUUUUACUUUCAAGCAAAUUCUUUAGUAAAUCCCCUUCUUAAGUCUCUUUCUCAUCAGCACUCCAAAGUUAGAGUAUCUUCUAUACAGGCCUUAGGUGUCGUUAUUAAAGGUGGUGAUGGUAAGAAUUUGGAUGAUGUGGUGUCGCAUCUCGCACAAAGAACAUUUGACAGUGCUCCAACAGUAAGAAAAGCAGUAACAGGUGUUGUUGGUGAUUGGCUCUUGAAUCUCAGAGAUAGAUAUUCAUAUUUUCAUAAACUCCUGCCACUGUUGAUGACAGGACUAUCUGAUGAGUUACCUGAUAUUCAGAGGCAGUCUAAAGAACUCAUGAACAAGGUUGGUGAUCAGUACACUUUAGAAAAUGAGGAAGAAUUAAAGGACAGAAUGAAUUUUGAGGAACAAUCUAGUUACAGACUCCAAAAGGGUAUGGAUCGUCCAAGUCUAGGGUGCAGAAUAUUAGUACAAAGAAAUCUUUCCAAAAUUUUACCAGCUGCAUUACGUGAUAUGGCAGAUUGGACAACUGACACAAGAAUCAAGGCUUCAUCUUUAGUUUAUUUCUUACUAUUUUAUGCUGAGGAUAACACAACACAGCAUAUGGAGAUCUUGUUACAAGGCCUAUAUAAGGCUAGCCAAGAUGAAAAUGAACAAGUUGUGAAAGAGGUUGUGUCAAGUGCUGAACUUGCAGGCUGUUUUGUAGAUCCUGCACUUUUUUGCAAGCUAGUGCUUCCUUAUCUGAAGUCCUCUGCAGGAAGUUCAACUACUUCUUGUAGCAGCUGUUUGAUGAUUCUAGCAGCCUUGCUGAGAGGCUGCAGUCCACAGCUCAUUAAACCUCAUCUUAAGGAUGUUUGUAGCAAGAUAUCCCUUCCUGAUGUCUGCUGUACAGAACAUUUGUCAUCUCAGCAACAUCUCCUGGCCACUGUUUCAGCAGUUAUCGACAAGGCUGGUGAAGAAAGCAAUAUACACAGCUUUUUGUUGUUUUAUGUUUUAAUACAUGUGAAGGCACUGCAGCGGGAGUCAAGCCUUGAACUUGAGGUUGAUUCUGUUUUAACGAAGCUUGCUACAGCACAGAGUUUAGCAUUUUCAAGUAAGCUUUAUGAGAAUCACAUCCAAGACUUCUUGAAAAAACUAAAAGAAAAUCACACCUCUUGGACCCAUCAUUCUCCAGAGUGCCGCCUGUUUGAUGUGUUAUUGACUGAAUCUGGACCAAUCAUCGGUCUUCACCUUCAGGAUGUCAUGGAGAUUUUUACUGAAUGCUUAGACAGUCAGAAAAAAGAUCCUGAACUAAGGCUGAAAAUGUUUUCACUGUUGUCACGGCUCUUCAUGAGUGCAUCUGAAUCAGUGGAUUUACUGCAAGCUUUCAAUCCUUACUCAGUACAAGCUGUUCAAAACCUGAUCAUCCCGAACUGUGUAUGGCAAGCGGGAAGAACUGCUGCUGCUGUUCGUUCUGCAGCAAUCUCUUGCCUUUGGGCUUUGCUGCAAUCCAACCUGUUGUCUAUGCAAGUUGCUAGACAAAUAAUGAAGGAACUUCUAACUCAGCUCACAUCUUGCCUUGAUGACCACAACCAAACCACAAGACUUGUAUCAUGUAAAGCCCUCCAGAGGCUCCUGAUGUCUUGUAAAGACAGUUUCAAUGCUGAUAUGCUUCAUCAGGUGUACCCUGAGUUACUGAAGAGAAUGGAUGAUAGCAGUGAUGAGAUAAGAAUUGUUGUCACAAGAACCUUUCUUGCUUACUUUAGAGCUUUUCCAUCAGAUUAUGAUAGUGACUUAUACAAGUUACACCUGCAAGCCAUGUUCAAAGGUCUGUUGGUACAUUUAGAUGAUCCCUCAGCUUCAAUACAGGAAGCAACACUUAAUGUGCUAAAAGAUGCAGCAAAGGUGCAACCUUUGCUACUAAAGGAACAAGUGGAGGCUGUAAGGCAUAAACACAGAGUGGCUAGGUACUGUGAGGAAUUAAUAAACCACUGUCAGGCUACAGUGUGAAGGAAAUUUGAACAUCAGCCCAGUUCUAAGAGGAUGAACUUGUGAGGUGCAUGAUCAUGUGCUGAGGGAACUGCUCAAGAACAUGAUGCAAAAAUAAUAUACCUGGAUCAAUUUCCUGACAGUAAGAACUGAUCAACAGCUAGGAUUUGAUGGUGUGAAUCAAAUUCAUUUGCACAAGAGUUACAUGUGUUAACAAAGGAAAGUGAAAGGUUGAUCUGUGGACAUCUCCCACAACAGCACGGUAUUUAUCUUGAAGGCCUCAAUUUCCUUAAUUGCUUUGAGGCCUAAAUGACACAGAAGGAUGAUUUAUGCUGGAGAAUUUUGACUUCUGUUAUUCCAUAUAAUUAUAUGCAUGGAUGGCAAGAGUAUUGGAGCUGGUACAUGUGACUUCAGAGGAAACAAGGUCUGGACUCCCUCAGUACUUACAGUGUAAACAAGAUUAUUUUUAUUUGGACUUCAUGUACAUCAAUAUAACAAGUUUUGCUCUGUACUCUGCAUAAUAUUUAUGGUUUUGAGAAUGGAAGGUUUAAGAACUCUACUGUAAAGGCAUAGAAAAACGUUUUAUACAAAAUUUGUCCCAAAUUAAAUAAUGCUUUCUUGACACAAUCUCUUGGGAUUGUUUCCUGAUGCAUCUUGAGAUGUU